AUGUACAGCUGGUGGCUGUGCUGGAGACAGCAACGAGCCGACUGGUGGCGUUUGGGGUCCCCACGGAGUGGCCGCGGGGUGUAUCUGCACGUCUUGCUGCUUCCUGGGGCAGCAGCAGGGGUUUCUGCUGCAGCAGCAGCAGCAGCAGCAGCAGCAGCAACAGCAGCAGCAGCAGCAGCAGCAGCAGGAGAAGGGGGGGAGCUGCUGCUCCUGCACCCGAGUGGGAAAGAGUUUUGCUUGAAUUGGGGAGAGGGGGCUCUGGCUGCAGCAGACAGCGAACAGAUGCAGCAGCAGCAGCAGCAUCACCAGCAGCAGCAGCAGCAGCAGCAGCAUCACCAGCAGCAGCAGCAGCAGCAGCAGCAGCAGGAACUUGUUGUGCUGCUGCUCAGUGUGAACCUGAGUUGCUGCAGGUGUCUGUCUGCCUUAUAA